AUGGAGUCAGACGAGACCAUUCUUGUGACAGGAGGCUCAGGUUUCCUAGGCUCAUAUUGCAUCCUCCACGCACUCAAGCAAGGCUACAGACUACGUACGACGGUCCGCAAUCUCAAGCAAUCCACAGGCAUCCGACAAGCUCUACGAAACGGCGGCGCGACCACCUCUGAAGCGAACAGCGUGCGCUUCUUCGUGGCAGAUUUGAAUAAAGACGAUGGAUGGGAAGAAGCCUGUGCUGGCUGUGACUUUAUCCUCCACGUAGCCUCUCCUCUCACGUUAGUAACGCCGAAAGACGAAAACGAAUUCAUCGCCCCAGCAAGAGAUGGCACAUUACGCGUCUUACGCGCCGCGAAGAAGACGGGCACAAUCAAAAGAGUUGUCGUGACCAGUUCUCUCGCUGCCGUAAUUUUCGGACACAACGCUCGAGCAGCGAAUGAUCCCUUCACAGAAGAAGACUGGGCGAACCUAAAAACUCCACAUCAUCGCGCCCCCGCCUAUCAGAAAAGCAAGAUCAUCGCGGAGAAAGCUGCGUGGGAUUUCAUAGAGAAAGAAGGCGGGAAAAUGGAAUUGAGUGUCAUCUGCCCUUGUGGGAUUUUCGGUCCGAUUUUGAAUUCGAAGCUUGCGGCGAGUUUGGACCUUCCACUUCGCCUUCUCAAUGGCACUAUGACGGGAAUUCCGAAUCUGGGUUUAGGUGUGGUUGAUGUACGCGAUGUGGCGGAUUUGCAUCUUCUCGCGAUGAAACAUCCGAAAGCGGAGGGGGAACGCUUUAUUGCUCAAUCUGAUGAUCGAUUUGUUUGGAUCAAGGAUGUGGCGGAGAUGCUUAGGACUGGGUUGUCGGAUGGGGAUUGUAAGAAAGUGGCGAGCUGGAGGAUCCCGAGCUUCGUGGUGCGUGUUAUGGGACAUUUUGAUGAUGCUGUGGCUCUUGUUGCUCCGGAGCUUGGUAAAGCAAAGCCGGCUUCGAAUGAGAAGGCGAAGGAGCUGCUGGGCUGGCAGCCGAGGAGUGCGAAGGAAGCGAUUUUGAGUAGUGCGGCGAGUUUAAAGGAGUAUGGACUUGUGAAGUGA